AUGAAAGGUUUCAUGGCUGGCUACCGCGUCGAUGCUGAUUUGGACGUCGAUGGAGUUGACGACGAUGCUGCCUACAGAGAUGAAUUCGAUCCGUUCGACCCCGACAACGAAUUCAUCACAAGCAGAGAAGGUUUCAUGGCUGGCUACCGCGUCGAUGCUGAUUUGGACGUCGAUGGAGUUGACGACGAUGCUGCCUACAGAGAUGAAUUCGAUCCGUUCGACCCCGACAACGAAUUCAUCACAAGCAGAGAAGGUUUCAUGGCUGGCUACCGCGUCGAUGCUGAUUUGGACGUCGAUGGAGUUGACGACGAUGCUGCCUACAGAGAUGAAUUCGAUCCGUUCGACCCCGACAACGAAUUCAUCACAAGCAGAGAAGGUCAACAGAAUCUCGGAUAA